UGGGAGCAGCAGCCGACAAGCACUAUUCAGUGUACAAAUGAAUUAGGAAAUAAUUUUCAUUUAACUUGAAAAUCAUUGCAUUUAUUUACUUGUUUUAUUUCUAUUCUGUACCAUGGAUCUCAACGAUAAAGCAUUUGCAUGAUCUGGAGAGGAUAUUGGAGUGCAGAUCUUGUUCAGGAGAAUGAUGGAUCUCAAGUCAAAUAAAGCCAAGUAUGUGCUCCAAAAUGGGCCUCCAUCUUGUCAAUUUUGGUUUAUCUGCAGAGGGCAUCUUAUCCAUACAUGGAAUGAAAAUGAUAUAGAGUCGAAUAAUCAGCCUAUAUCUGAAGAUCAUCAUUUACAUUCAUCUAGUACUCUGGAAGGAGGUGGCGACGAUCACUUCUACGAUCAACUCGAGCAAGCUAUGGAGGAGGCUGAGAAAUUAAAAAAAGAAGCUUUUGAAGAGUCUCUCAGACGCAUCAAAUCUGAUAGAGGUCUCCUUGAGGCUACCCGUAAGGCUAGAGCAUUGGAAAUAUUGUACAAUGAAGAGUUAAGACACAGGAAAGAAAUUGAAGGUGUGUUAGCAAGAGAAAGAGAAAAUGCUGAAAAGAUGAAGCAGGAGCUAGAUGAAGAGCGUUUGAUUGCUAUUGAUCAGAAAUUGCUAAUGGAAAGCCAAGUUGCAAGUAGUGAUUAUAUGAUAAAACACUUGGAGGAUGAGUUGGCUUCUGCUCUGGAACUAUCACAGAUUUUCAAGAAAGAGCGGGACGACUUUGAGGAAAAGAGUGACAAUGCUCUCAAAAUUACUGAGGAGCUUUUGAAGAAACAAGCAGAAGACUCCAGUAUGGAUGUGCACCAGUUCUUCCAUGAGUUUUCUGUAUCAGAGAUUCAGGAAGCAACCUGCAACUUCGACCCAUCCUUGAAGAUUGGGGAAGGAGAUUAUGGAAGCACUUACAAGGGUAUACUUCGGCAUACCCCAGUAACUGUAAAGAUCCUGCACACAAAUAGCCUACAGGGCCCCUCAGAAUUUCAGCUGGAGGUUGAUGUUUUGAGUAAGUUGAGGCAUCCAAACCUAUUGACUCUGAUCGGUGUCUGUCCUGAAAUUUGGGCUCUAAUCUAUGAAUACCUCCCUAAUGGAAGUCUUGAAGACCGACUCAACUGCAAAGGCAACAGCCCACCACUCUCCUGGCAGACUCGAGUAUGCAUAGCUACUGAGUUAUGCUCUGUCCUCAUCUUUCUACACUCCAGCAAUCCUCCUGCCAUUUCACAAGGCAAUCUGAAACCAGCAAAUAUUCUCCUUGAUGCUAACUAUGUCAGCAAACUUAGCCACUUCAGUGUCUGUCAUAUCCAACAAUAUCAUGGAAAUGGGACCACAUCUAGGUCUCAUAGAACUGAGUAUCUGACAGACACUAUCCCUUACUUGGAUCCGCAGUUAUUUCAAGGCGAAGAAUUAUCUCCGAAGUCAGAUGUCUAUUCAUUUGGUGUUAUACUCUUACAGUUAUUGACGAGAAGAAAUCCCUUGUGUAUAGCACAGGAAGUGCAAGAAAGAAUUGGUGAAGAAAAUCUUGACACCCUUUUGGAUCCAUUAGCUGGAGAGUGGCCACUUGGGCAUGCCAAGCGGUUGGUUGAUUUAGCCUUGAGGUGCUGUGAGAUUAAUCGUGGAAGCAGACCAGACCUUGUUUCUGAGGUAUGGAGGGUGCUUGAACCUAUAAGAAUUUCUUGUGGAUUCUCCUCAUCAUCAUUUGUGCGUCCUGAAGAGAAGAGGCAGACUCCAUCAUAUUUUGUUUGUCCCAUUUUACAGGAAGUGAUGCAGGAUCCCCAUGUCACGGCAGAUGGUUUUACUUAUGAAGCAUCAGCUUUGAUGGAAUGGUUUGAGAAUGGACACGAUACUUCACCGAUGACAAACCUUAGGCUUAUUCAUCGGGAUCUUGUUCCUAACCGAGCUCUUCGUUCAGCGAUUCAAGAGUGGAGGGAACAAAACUGAAAAGUUCUUGAGUUUUCUUCAACAAGGUGCAAAAAUGGUAGGUUUGAAGAACCAGACUAUCGUGUCUUUAGGAGAAUAGUUGAUGAUAUGAUGAUAAUUUAUACUUCAAAUAUGGAUGAUCGAAUUGAUGAUGGUACACUCCUUGAUCUUUUCUGUUCCUUCCGUCCAUUACACACAUAUAUAUGGUAUAGCCAUUACUAGGGUGCUUAGAUGCAUUAUACAGUUGGUGAACUAUGGCUUUCUAAUGAAAUUUGCGGCUAGUUAUUUGGUGUUUGAUUUUGUUAUUAUAACAUUUGGUGUUUGAUUUUGUUAUUAUAACAUUGAAACCAUAGCUUCUUUACUCUUGAGAGGAAUAGAGAAAA